CACCGCUGGCCCGCGUGUGCACCGACGAGCACACAAACGAGCGCACCCCGUGAUCACGCUGGCUGUCCGUCGGUGAAUGAGAUAAACAAAGAAGCCGGUGACUUUCCAGGAAAACAGACAACGCUCCUCAACCUCUGCGCAAACAUGGAAACCGGUCUGAGUCAGGAGAAGGUGUCCUCCUUCCUUAAGCGGCUGCGGGCCGAGCCGCGCUACCUGUUGGCCCAGAACGUGUCCACCUGCAUCGACCCGCUGGAGGUUUGUCUGCACCGGCAGACUGUCCAGGACACCGUGCACAUCUUCCAGCACUCUAUCCCCACAGAGGGCAAGCCCGUCACCAACCAGAAAAACUCAGGGAGAUGUUGGAUCUUCUCGUGCCUCAACGUCAUGCGACUUCCCUUCAUGAAGAAAUUUAACAUAGAGGAGUUUGAGUUUAGUCAGUCCUAUCUUUUUUUCUGGGACAAGGUCGAGCGCUGCUACUACUUCCUGCAGGCCUGUCUGGAGACGGCACAGAGGAAGGAGCCCGUGGACGGACGCCUGGUCCAGUUCCUGCUCUCCAACCCCACCAACGACGGAGGACAGUGGGACAUGCUGGUCAACCUCAUCGAGAAGUACGGCGUGAUUCCAAAGAAGUGCUUCCCAGAGUCGCACAGCUCGGAGGCCUCACGCAGAAUGAACGACAUCCUCAACCAUAAGCUGAGAGAAUACUGCCUCAGACUGAGGAACAUGGUCGCCAGCGACGCCACGAAAGCUGAACUGUCCGAGGCCAUGGACGGCAUGAUCGAGGAGGUGUUCCGGGUGGCCAGCGUGUGUCUAGGCAGCCCCCCCGACACCAUCAGCUGGGAGUACCGGGACAAGGACAAGAACUUCCAUCGCAUGGGACCCCUCGCCCCCCAGGACUUCUACCGGGAGCACGUCAAGCCUCUGUACAACAUCCAGGACAAAGUCUGCCUGGUGAACGACCCCCGACCCCAGAACCCUUACGGGAAGCUGUACAGCGUGGAGUUCCUGGGUAACAUGGUGGCCGGCCGCACCACGCUCUACAACAACCAGCCCAUCGAGCUGCUCAAGAAGGCCGCGGCCGACUCCAUCAAGGAGGGGGAGGCGGUGUGGUUUGGCUGUGACGUCGGGAAGCAUUUUCACGGCAAGCUGGGCAUUAACGACAUGAACGUGUUCAACCACGAGCUCGUGUUCGGAGUCUCGGUGAAGAACCUCUCCAAAGCGGAGCGGCUGAUCUACGGAGACUCUCUGAUGACCCACGCGAUGAUCCUCACUGCCGUCACGGACAAGGACGGGAAGGAAGGCUUCGAGAAGUGGCGGGUGGAGAACUCCUGGGGCGAUGACCGCGGGAACAAAGGUUACCUAAUCAUGACGGACGAUUGGUUCUCCGAAUACGUUUACGAGGUGGUGGUAGACAAGAAGUACCUCUCAACUGAGGUCCUGGAAGUGAUGCAAAAGGAGCCCGUUGUACUUCCUGCCUGGGAUCCCAUGGGAGCCCUGGCAUAACUGCAGAGUUCCAUGUUUUAGCCCCAUCCUCUGGUCUAUUUGACUCCGCCCUAUUCAUCGGCUGCUUUUACCUCUCCAUAACUUCCCCACACCUCCUUCCAAAACAGCCUGAUCUUCUAGACGACAAAUAAAAGACUUUGUUUUCUUUUUUA